AUUAGAGCGCUGGCUGAACGGACUGUUGUGGUUCGAAUUGCCGAGAGAGAGCACGCAACAACCCUCUGUGGGCCAUGUCGCGCAUGUGUGAGGCGAUAUAGCGACGUAGGCCAUGCGGUUGGUAUGGAGCGCAGGUACCUGCAGACGACCCCCAGCAGCAGCAGCGAGCUUCAACAAGCUAGACGCGCAGCUUGACUUGAUUUCACGCUCACCCUUGGGUCAUUUCAAAACCGGCUACUGUGCGCCCCGACGCGCGGGGAGAGCGGAAUCAAAUAUGAAGGAAUCGAUUGCAACGCGUCCGGGACCGGUGAGCAAAUUCGAAACGAUCCUGGCAGCAGGGAUCUAGAAUCUAGAUUGAGGGAAUGCCUCUUGGAGAAUAGGCACAUUGGGAGCUAGACGUGAAUCACCUUGUACAAAUGAAAUCCUUGGAUGCGAAU